AUCGCCACGUUUCGGUGAGUGCUAUUUAGCCGAGGUGCAGAACAACUAACUGAAUGAAAAGCUUUUGAUCGUGAAGUGUAAUCGCACCAAACCACUGUUGUAAGAUGAACGGAACCAAACAAUCGACCCUAGUGCUUACAGCCGCUCUAUGCUGUUGUAUGAUAGCUCUCUUACCUCAGCACAUCCUAGCCAACGACAAUUUGAGAGUAGCAUAUCAGUGGAACGAGAUUGAUUUCGAAUUUCCAAGCGAAGCCGAACGUCAAGAGGCUAUCGCAACGAAACGUUACAUUCCGGCGAAUGUGAUACCGGUCGGGUUGGAAGUUUACAAAAAGCGCCUUUUCCUAACACUGCCCCGAUGGAAAGAGGGCAUUCCAGCGUCGAUCGCAUAUAUCAAUCUCAACGAAACCACAACUCAGUCACCUCGACUACAUCCGUACCCUAGUUGGAGUGCUCACAAGCGUAACAAUGAUGUGGAAGCUCCCGAAAUAGUGUCCCCCUUCCGUAUACGAGCUGACCGCUGUGGUCGACUCUGGGUGCUGGAUACCGGUAUUGAUGAACUUCUGGGUAACACUACCGUCACAAGCCCAACGUCACUCCUAGUGUAUGAUCUGCACAAUGACAAUCUGCUACGACGGUACAAAUUCCCUGCGGAUCACAGCAAGGAAAACUCCUUCUAUGCCAACAUUGCCGUAGAAGAUACGGAUUGUGAUGACACAUUUGCGUAUGCGGCCGAUCUUGGCAGUCCUGGUCUGGUAGUUUACUCAUGGAAGCAGCAGGAAUCAUGGCGUGUAAAGCAUCACUUUUUCCACCCGGAUCCACUAGCAGGGAACUACAACAUCACUGGCAUUAACUUCCAGUGGGAUGAUGGUCUUUUCGGAAUUGCGCUCAAGCCGCAGGCUGACGGAUACGCAACGCUAUACUUUCAUCCUCUUAGUUCUCUAAAUGAGUUCUCGGUGUCAACAAAGGUGCUGCGCAAUCAAACGUACGCUACCGAUGCGAGCAAUUAUCAUGAAUUCAAAAUUUUGGGAUCACGUGGUCCUAACGGGCAAGCCGGUGUUGCAUUCGUUGACCAGAAAACUGGCGUCAUCUUCUACGCCCUGCCAAAUCUAAAUGCCAUUACGUGUUGGAAAACAUCCAACCGUGCCUAUACCAUCAAGUCCCUCGGUAGGGUCUACAUGAGCACCGUCGACAUGGUGUUCCCCAACGAUGUCAAGGUGGACGACGAAAGUAACCUCUGGGUUCUUUCGGAUCGACUACAUCAAUACAUGUAUGAAACGCUUAACAGAAACGAUGUAAAUUUUCGGGUGCUCACUGCGACCGUUAAGGAUGCCAUCCAAAAUACGGCCUGCGAUACGAACAUCAAGCCGCUGCCGGACAUAAUAACCAAUUUGGGUGAUAUCCUGCGACCUUCCACAACCACAGUGGCGCCUAAGCCAGGGUCUAGCGAUGCUACCACUCUUCGCCCGUACAUUGGUGUUCUGGCCAUUGUUUUGUUAUUCGUCAGCACCACAUUUCUUUCAUCGACCGUUUGCAGUAGGAUAUACUAGGAUAGGCAGAACCAUACCGAUCCAGUUAAACUCUCUGCACUGCUUGCUGAGCAACCAGAAUCAGGGAUCCGUGUUGAUGUACUUAGUUUUUCGUCCUUUACAGAUAAAGUGACACAAAGCGCCGUGUUGGUUGUUUAUCUAUGAGUUUUUAAUCAGUAUUGAUCAGCAAAAAAGAAAGCAAACUUAGCACAGCUAAUCUGACAAACCUCACUGGGCGACGAAAAGCAUCCGUAACGUCUAAAUUGAUAAGCUACUAUUAUAAAUACUAUAAUGCCCAUCAAUGCAUGCUUUCAACAAUAUUCGCUCCGAAUGCUAGUAUUUUAUUACACUCUGCUAUACUCCAAUCAACAGACACAUAUUCCUUAUUAUCCACGGCCAUAACCGUUACUAUCGGCUGUUGCAACGAUUUGCGAACAGUUGUGUCAUAAUUGUUAAUUAUUAGUCAUCGUACCAAAAUACAUGUAGAUCAAAAAAUGUUGUAAUA